AAUUCUUCAUGCGCUGGUGACAAGAAAGGCCUCUGGCAUGACGCAAAUUCCCUGCGCCAGAGACAGACGAAGGACCUUCCUUGGCUCCGAGCUGUCUCUGUGGACGCCAUUGUUCCUUACCGGGAGGAGCUCCUUCUUGGAUUCUAGGUGCUGGUCCUUCCUCGCAGCCAUGCCACUCUACGAGGGUCUGGGAAGCGGAGGGGAGAAGACGGCGGUAGUGAUCGACUUGGGUGAAGCCUUCACCAAGUGUGGAUUUGCCGGAGAAACUGGUCCAAGAUGUAUAAUCCCUAGUGUAAUCAAGAAAAUUGGAGUGUCCAAGCCUAUUAAAGUUGUUCAGUAUAAUAUUAAUACAGAAGAAUUGUAUGCUUAUCUAAAGGAAUUCAUUCACAUAUUGUAUUUCAGACAUCUCUUAGUGAAUCCCAGAGACCGUCGAGUUGUGGUUAUUGAAUCUGUACUGUGUCCUUCCCACUUCAGAGAAACACUCACCCGUGUUCUUUUCAAAUAUUUUGAGGUUCCAUCUGUAUUGCUUGCUCCUAGUCAUCUGAUGUCUCUUCUGACACUUGGGAUUAAUUCUGCCAUAGUAUUAGACUGCGGAUAUAGAGAAAGCAUGGUGUUACCUAUAUAUGAAGGAAUACCAAUUCUGAAUUGUUGGGGAGCCCUCCCCCUAGGAGGAAAGGCCAUUCACAAGGAGUUGGAAACUCAGUUAUUGGAGCAAUGUACUGUUGACAUAGGAGCUUCUAAUGGACAGAGUCUUCCAUCAGUAAUGAGUUCGAUUCCAGAAGUUAUCUUAGAAGACAUUAAAGUACGUACUUGUUUUGUGAGUGAUCUACAGCGGGGACUCAAAAUGCAGGCAGCAAAAUUCAACAUUGAUGGCAGUGCUGAGCGACCUUCACCACCCCCAGAUGUAGAUUACCCAUUAGAUGGAGAGAAGAUUUUGCAUGUAAUUGGAUCAAUCAGAGACUCUGUUGUGGAAGUUCUAUUUGAACAAGAUAAUGAAGAGAAAUCGGUAGCCACUUUAAUAUUGGAUUCACUUAUACAGUGCCCGAUAGACACAAGGAAGCAGCUGGCAGAGAACCUAGUAGUCAUAGGUGGCACUGCUAUGUUGCCAGGAUUCUUACAUAGAUUAAUGGCAGAAAUCAGGUAUUUGGUAGAAAAGCCAAAAUACCAAAAAGCACUUGGCACUAAGACAUUCCGAAUUCAUACUCCACCUGCAAAAUCCAAUUGUGUGGCCUGGUUGGGAGGUGCUAUUUUUGGAGCCCUCCAGGAUAUUCUUGGGAGCCGUUCCAUCUCAAAGGAAUAUUAUAAUCAGACGGGCCGAAUUCCUGACUGGUGCUCCCUCAAUAACCCCCCAAUGGAAAUGAUGUUUGAUGUGGGUAAAGCUCCACCCCCUCUGAUGAAGAGAGCAUUUUCCACUGAAAAAUAAAAGCCUGAAUGAAAUGCAGCUGCACUUGACCCAGGAAAAGAUCCUAUUAUACAAAAAUAUCUCAUCACAGCCCAAUUACAAAUGUUAUGUACAAAGUGUGUUAUAUUGUGUUAUAGUUAACUUCAGUGUAAGUGAAAAUAAAUCGGUAUUUCUUUUUCUGACCUUUUUUGCUUUUCUUAAGGAGCUUUAGUAGGUAACCCUUUGCUAUAUUUAUGUGACAGUUAUACAAAGCAAUUUAAUUUGGGAAAUUGGUUAUAAAGUCUAAGAUAAUAGCAAUAGAGAAAAACUCCCUGCAGUUUGUAAUGUCCAUUCCAGCCUUUGGAUGCUAUCAAAAAUGCCAUAAUGUUUAAUAGUUAUUCAUUUGAAUAUUAAACAGUGUUAAACACUACUAAUUAUUUCAAAUAUUAAAGUGUAUAUACAAAAAGCA